AUGGUUGGACGAAAAUGUAGUGUUCCGCCUUCAGUUUUGGUUGAUGCUAUUUUGUCUUUCAAAGAUAAUGUGGUGAGCAGAGAUGAAAAAGGUGACAUGAAAAUAGCUGUUGCCACUAACCCAAUAUGGGCUGAAAUUAGCGCUCAUUUAGAUAAUAACAUAUCUAAAAGUGCAAUUCAUACAUUAGUGUUUAAAAAACCGAUAUGA